GGUGGAGAGGUGAGGAAAAGUAACUUCAUUCUUGUGAAAUUAUAAAUCUACCUCAGAGAGCAAGGAAAGUAACUGAGGAAGAAUGGAAAGGGAAGAGCUGGAACCCGUGGGGUCUCCUUCAGAGGUUUUACAACCUGAGGUUACUGUGGUGGUGACAGGAGAGCCGCCUGAAGCUGAAGAAGAAGAUCUAGAUUAUGAAGAAGAGGAAGAGACCUCCUCAGAAGUCAUAGAGACACUGUCCCUUCUCGAUGUGCUGAGGGUAUCUGCAAUUAUGGAGGACAUUAUUGACCAGCUCUCUAUUCUAGGCUACAUCAUUCCGGUUCAGUAUGAAAGAAGGCAGAGCCUCAGCCAGAAAGCCAGCCAUGAAGCAGUAUCUAUGGUUUCCAGCACACCGAAAAUAUCUUCUUCUUUGUUAACUAAAGAAAAAUCUUUAAUUAACCUGGUGGCAGAAAACAAACCAAGAGGGCAGGAAUUUACUUUUAAAAAAUCUACAAAGCAGACCACAAUGACUCUGGAAACACUGAAGAAAAUUCAGAAUGACAGGCAAUAUUUCAGUGAUGUGAUUGCAAACGCCAUGAUGGAGAUGCAAGAUUCUGGCUCUUUCACCAGUCUCCUGGAAGCCUUGGGCAAAGAAAGAGACAGCAAAAUGAAUUUCCAUGAUGUCAUCACAAGGGAGGAAAAAGGAAGAAAACAGAUAAAAUCUCUUCAAAAACAGUUAAUUGAUGUCAAGAGGGAGCGUCAAAUGCAAGUGCAGAACGGGAACGAUUACAUUGCUCACCUCAGGGACCAGUUACAAGAGAUGAAGGCGAAAACCAACUUGGAGAAUCUUUAUAUGAAAAGAAAUACUGAGCUGCAGAUUGCCCAGACCCAGAAGAAAUGUAACCGGGCAGAAGAACUCUUGCUGGAGGAGAUUGAGAAACUGAGGAUGAAAACUGAAGAGGAGAACCGGGUUCACGCAGAGAUUGAAAUGUUCCUUAAAAACCAGCAGCAGAAACUUGAGGAGAAGCUAGAGUUCUGGAUGGAGAAAUUUGAUAAAGACACAGAAGCGAAGCAGAAUGAGUUAAAUGCUCUCAAGGCUGCCAAGGCCAGUGACCUAGCACACCUUCAAGACCUGGCAAAGAUGAUCCGGGAGUAUGAGCAGGUCAUUAUUGAGGACCGGAUAGAAAAGGAGAAGACCAGGAAGAAGUUGGAGCAGGAUGACCUCGAACUAAGGAGCAUUGUGAAGCUCCAGGCCUGGUGGCGAGGCACAGUGGUCCGGAAGGAAAUCGGAAAUUUCAAAAUGCCCAAGAAAGACAAAGAUGACAGCAAAGACUCGAAAGGCAAGGAGAAGGAGAAGCGGAGAGGCAAGAAGUAAUGGAUGUCUGCUGUUCCUUCUCAGGCCUCGAUCGAGACACGUGUGAUGCUGCCACAGCACCCACCACCAGGCUCACAGAGACACCUGGGGGUUCGCUCUGUUACUCUAGUUUCCAAACCCCAAUGAGGGCUAUCAAAGGGCUGUGGGGCCUCCUCAGACCAGACUGUGGGGGAACCAUGUUGAGUAGCUUUGUGAGCAUCCUUAUUAUUUUCUCUCACCAGAAAGCAGUUCAUUAGCUUAUAGUGAAGUAUUAAAAACUCCUGACACAUCU